AUGAGAAGCAUUAAGCAGAUGUUGAAUUGUUUAUGCAAAAAUUUCACUAAGAGCUUUAACGAUCCCCAAAUUAAUUAUUCAUUACGUAUACGAAUAAACUUUUGUUUUAUUUAUCAAGAGAGCACAACGACUUCAGAAAAAUGUAAACAAUCUGGAGAACAAUUUUACAUAAUGUGUAGAGACAAGCAGAAUUUUAGGGCAUUUAUUCAUAGAAUAAACUUUAGAUAA